AUGGAGCACAGACUUUCAAAGAAAGCUUCGAAGAUUCGUCAACGCCUCCCAUUUUCUCGCAGCUCCCAAGGACUUGAUCGCGUGCCGACAAUGAAUUCAUCUACAGUCGAUGUCCUUGACCAAUCCAAUGGCCGACCCCACACAUCAACAGGUCCCAGCUCAAACAAUUGUGAGUCUGAAUGGGAUAAUGAUGCAGAUCGUGCUCGCCACUACGAUUUCAAAGACGAGCCGGGAUACUUCUGUCCCUCAUCUCCAAUUAUCACCCGACAGAAACUAGACGAGGAUUUAGAAGAUGACAUGGCCUCUGCUUGUGCUCUCCUCAUCCAAAGUAUCGAUCGAGGCCUUCCCAUGUGGCCAUCAUUUCACGGUGAAGCUCAAUUACUACAAAAAUCCCAAUCUACAAGUGCCAUCUCCAAACACCUACCACUUGCAACACCCCCCAAGUCUGUGGAGCAGGGAGCGCGCUUUUAUUCGUCAACUUCUCUGAGUGAGAAGGGGAAUCUAGAUUCCGGUAUAGGUCUCAGUUUGCAGUCACCACCUAAAAUGGGAGGUUUCUGCCCGAACAGUUUACCCAGGUCAGCUACUUCAGGUACUGGCAGGUUCUAUGGGAAGCCAUUGUCCCUCUCACCCCGACGAGGAGAAAGUGAAAGGGGUCGAGGUCGAGAACACAACUUUACAGAUGAUAUUUCUCUCCACUCCCGCUAUGAAUCUCGCUCUCGAUCGUCCAGUCCAGGAUUUUUCCCUUUCAGCCCAUCAUCGGCAAAGAAUAUACAAUGGCCGACAGACGAUACCCAGGGGACAGAAACACCAGAGCCUUACACUGAGCCAAACUCCGCAACCUGGUUCCGAGCAGAAUUUGAAUUACAAAACCCCUACAAUAACUUUGGCAUUAAUAUGAGCACCGUGUCUGCGCCCAGUACUGCCACUGGCUCUGGUUCUGGCUCUGGUUCUGGUUCUGGCUCUGGGUCUCAGGGCCGUUUUUACAGCACACAGCAAAUACCAUCUACGACAUUAUUCGGUGCGCGACAAUGGACAUCAUUCAAUAUGCGCGCGAGUCGCGACUCGAUUUCAUCACGGACAGAAGAGAACAGGAGUCCGAAUGACCUGUUGCAAUUCUGGACAGAUCAUGAUUCUGACACGGCGAAUGUGAAUGUGAACGGCAACGAAGACGAUAAUCGAAAGACUUUUUAUUCUAUCAUUUACCCCACUGAUGCGCCCCAUCAUCAGCGGCGAAAGGGUGCAUCGCGCCUUUUACGAAAGUUGGCUGGUCUGGGUAUGCGACGGAAGGAAUCGGUCAUGGUACUGAAUCCGCGCAUGACUGGCACUGUGGAUGCUGUUCCUGUUGCAUGA